CAGACACCUCCAAAAUACUAAGAACAAGUGCAUUUGGAUGAUCAUUUCAUCUGCUUUUACAAUACAUCAUUUGGCUACGUACACACUAAAACAUGUUGUUUCAUUAAAUUUACUAUCCGAAAAUGUUUACUGGUUAGAAAUAUUUCGUGGCUGUGUUCGUAACAUUUUCUAUUCUCGUCUGCUGUACCGUUUCUGUGGGAGAGGGAAUCCCUAGCUAAACGUCAUUACCAAGGAUACCAAACAAAAACAUAACCCCAUAAAUGGGCACGUACGUCAGCGGAACUCCGAGGCGGGACUUCGUGUCCUUUACAAUGCUUCGCUCGUACUCCAUGGAUUCAUUCAUAAGACAAGACUCGCUUCUGUGGGCCGAGACUCUAUAUCGCUGAUCAGUUUAUCCAUAGUGGACUUUUACAUGGAUCUAUAAUUGCACAUUGGAAAAACGGACAAAGGACAUAUUUUAGCGGACUCUGAAUUGGAUCAAUGAGUUUUUAAAAUCCGGAACGUAAGGACUGUUUCCAUUGCAGCGAACUGGAUUUUCUUCUUCAUGCAACUUUUUUGGAAAGAGACCAAGAGCAUCUUACCGGAGCAGAAUAAGGAACUCAUUAACGGUGACGUCACACUCAUUCCGGCAACUAUAGGUUUUUCACUCGGCUCCUCCGGGGUAAUGUUCCAAGGGUUCCCCGGUGACUUUGAUACCAUCUCCCGUGGAAGUUCGUCCCCGUCUAUUGAGUCUCAGUACCUUUCCUCCGUGGACUCCUUCGGGAGCCCGCCGGCCAGUGCCUCACAGGAUUGUGUGUCUGCUGGAGGCGGGGACGGGGUAGGCAGUGGAGGAGUGGAUAUGCCAGGCUCCUUUGUGCCCACAGUCACAGCCAUCACUAGCAGCCAGGACCUGCAGUGGAUGGUGCAGCCUACUCUCAUCUCGUCCCAGGCCUCUGGCCAAAGUGGGACCCAGUCUGUGUCCCUGGUAGACCCUUAUGAUCUGCCAGGGCUCAGUUAUUCCUCUGGCUCAGGUUUUACUCCCGCAGGCUCUGAUACCCCGGGGCAAGGCUCAGCCCCGGGCCCCAUCCGCCAGUCUAGGACUCGUAGUCGCCGUGUACGAGACGAGUCUGUGAGUGACGAUGGAGAUGUUGGUGUGUUUUUGACUCCAGAGGAGCAGGAGAAGAGGCGUGUUCGGCGCGAGAGGAACAAGCUGGCAGCCGCCAAAUGCCGAAACCGCCGGCGUGAACUCACUGACCGACUGCAAGGGGAGACCGACAUCCUGGAGGAGGAGAAGUCUGAGCUGGAGGCUGAGAUCUCUGAGCUGCAGAAGGAGAAGGAGCGCCUGGAGUUUGUCCUGGUGGCUCACGAACCCAGCUGCAAGAUCCCCUACCAGGAGCAGCAGGCCUCAGGCUCCACACAGCUCCAGCAUCAGCCCCUACUGCCCCAACAGGCCCCCGUCUCCAUCGUGGGCUUGACUGUGGAGGACACUUUCUACCUGCCUCCCGCCUACACCUCGCAGCCUUCUACUUCGCAGCAUCAGCAGCAGCCGGGGAUGAUGCAGGAGGUAGCGUUUUCUAGUUCUUUCUAUGGCUCAAGCGAGCCUGCGCCGGGUGGGCCGUGCCUGGUGGCCGACGGUGGGGGUGGUGGUCACCAUGAUGGCGCGGCCGCUGGCAGCUACAACCCUUCAUACACAUCUUCAUUUGUGUUCAGCUACCCAGAGGGAGCCUGCGGGGUCAGCGCUAACCAGAGAAACAGCAGCAGCGAGCAGUCCUCUGGUUCCCUGAACUCGCCCUCGCUGCUCGCGCUCUGACUGACCGACAGAGACACACACCACGCACGCGCGCCCCUACGCCAAUCACUUAUACACGGCAAAAAACAGUUGCUCAUGGUAGACGAAGUCAACAACAUGGAUGAACAUACAUUAUAUAAUGAGCCAAUCAAAAAUCGCACACAUUCAGACCGAGUAAACAUGACAUCAAGCAAAGUUUGACCACAUAGCAUUUAGUGCACACCAUUGUCCUCAUGAGGAAACUAAAUAUAACUCAUCAAGUAUUUAAAGUGAAUUCAAAUUGAGUCCAAAACUCUGGGCUCUGAGUUGUCAGUCGAUCUGUGAAAACAUUCUCCGACAUCAUACCCAGGUUAAUUCACAAUGAAUCUUUCAACGUCUUGUGACGUGCACGUACAGUGCACACAGGAAAUAGAAAACAUGCUCACCUGCGAUCCAACAGGCACACUUGUCCUCCCCGUCGUUCCCUCUGUCGGUCAUUCCUCUCUCACUGCUCCUGCUCUCAUCUUCUUCACCCCUCCUCUUCAUGCUGAAUGUAUUUGUGCAAGCGGAAAUAGGGAAGAAGGACUUAGGUUUGGGUCUUCUUUUGUGAGGCCAGACUGCUGAGCUCUUGCUCUCCCCUCCUGCCUUCCUCAUCCUCUCGGUUCCUCUUGCUUCUUCGUCGUUAGUUGUGACUUGGAAAGGGGAGGGCGUCACAGCCUCCAGCUAUUUGGCUCUCUCUCUUUUUAUCCUGCCGUCUACUCUUCGUCCAUCUCUCCAUCUUUGUUUCUCUCCUCUCUGUCUCUCUCUCUCUCUGAAGUCUUCGAACCCUGAGAGCACGCAGAGCCCUUCCAGACCCUGGGACCUUGACUGAGCGCCGGCCCACCUCACACGUCCCCCUCGUCCCCCCACAUGGACACGGACGCACCCCCCACUGAGGAGCCCUGGAAUGUUUCGCUCAAAGUAGAGCUUUAAAAAAAAAACAAAGCAACAAAACAAAACCAAAAAACACAUUGAAAAGACACAAAAUAGGAUGGACACAAAUGCAAAAGGGUUGUCACCCUUUUCAUUCUUCUCCUGAGCCAUUGUUAGAUGUUGCAACUAUGGAGAUGAAAUGAGACUUGUGUUGCGCUGGUGAGAUGAGGACGGCAGGAGAGUGAGAGAAGAGGCUUUAGCCGAGGUAGAGGUCUAGAGGGAGAUCUGAAACUUUGGCAAAGACAAAGGAUGAGCCCCCUGUACUCUUAAACCUAAAUUCAAUUUUAAAACCCCCCCCCCCAAAAAAAAUCCAGCUCUUGCCAACUGUGUGGAUGGGUUACCUCUUACUGGCAUAGUACCGCUGCCAUACUGCAAAGUCUCUUCACCCUGGGCCCACACAAAUACUCAUACCGUCGCUUUCAAGCAUCUGAAUUGUCCUUCAUUCGUUACUGAUACUAUUGUGUACAAUGUUCUUCCCCCCUCCUUUAUCACCAAGUAUUCUCUGUUGUCGUUUUUAAGUCUUACCUUUGACAGAGAAAAUGUCAUGAUGAAAAGAAGAAAAAAAACAUAGAGAAAAGGCAUGUCCUUUUGGUAAAGAGCUUUUUGUCAGACAUGAGUUUAUUGGUAUCAGAUGUGAACCAUUAUAUUUUUAUUUUAUUUUUAAAGAUACUUUUAAAAGGAAUAUUCAACCAACCUCUGAACAUUGGGAUGAGCGGCCUCGCUUCCUCUCCUAGUGGGAGGUGCAUUUAUUGUGAGUGUAUCCCACUCUGAGCCACUCGGCCCGCUUCUUUCUUUCUUUCUUUUGAUUGAGGUUGACACGAUGUUAGAGCACAAUACAGAGGCCGGACACACAGAGGAGACGAGAGGAGGGGGUGUUUGUGAGUAUGUGUUCUUCAUUUGCCUGUGAAUUUGUUCCUUUUCAAGUGACAUUUGUUAUGUUUUAUGUAUAAAAAAAAAAAAUGUUUGGUUUUGUCCUCCGCUCUUACCUGUGUUGCCGAUGCCGGAUAUUUUUGUUCUUUCAGGGGUGGUUUCCCCUUUCAGGGGUGGUUUCCCCCUUAAUGUUACUAUUAUUAUUGCAUUGUGUUGUUAUUAGAUUUUUUAAAUAUUAUGUUUGGCAACUUCAGAGGCAUGUGCACUAUCAUAAAAUGUUAUAUGUGUCAAAAGUAUACUUAAAAGCAUACGCAUAUACAUACAGAAGAUAUGUAUAUUGAAGUGUAUGUACAAUGAUUGUAAAGUAUGAAUGUUUGAAAAUAUAAAAAUGGGAUAUUUUUGUCAAUGAAGAAACAGAGGUGGUUGUUGAGGCUGGUUUUAAAAUUGAUAUUUUUCUAAAAGAACAAACAAUUAUAAUAAAUGACCGUACUUAACCAUUCCCUCAAUAUGACGCACAUUAUCACUGCCUGUGCUCAUAUGUUUUAUAUAUAAAGCACAUUAUUCAUGAUAACUAUAUCUAACACGUGAUACUGCAUGUACUGCGGCUCGUCAGUAUGAUGAGAUUAUUGAGGUGGUACUAUUGCCUUUUUGCUUUCACAUUUGCCUGUCAGUCCCAAUGCCUACACCACCAAAGCUUAAUGUCACCACUUAGUCCCCUUUGGACCCAAAAUGAGGAAACUAAUAUGAAUUGAAUGUCAAAAUACAUAUUAAAGUAUUAAUGAUGCAAAUCAUUUUUUAAUUUAA